CUUGUAUAUCUCCUGAAAUACACACAAUUUUAUCAGGUUGCCGCACAAAACCAAGCGGUACUCCACACACGUUGUGCAGACUACUUCUUUGGGUACCUUACAGUUGUAGUGAAUCAUUUCGAAUUAUUUAUUUUUCAUCAAUCAUCACUGAGGAUUUAGGAUUAAAAUAGUUAAACAAAACUGAAUCUUCUUAAAACUUUCCCAAAAUGUGGUUAAAACCCAUCGCAAUCAUCACUUUACUAACAUCAUUCGGUGCUUGCCAAGAUUUCGAAGUCAUCAACCAAUGGAAUCUGUUAGAUUACGAAUUUCCCAAUUACGAAUUUGCUUCAAAAUAUCGCCCAGAAAAUUCGGUUUUUACUGGAUUAGAAGUAACUGAAGAUAGGAUAUUUUUGGCAACCCCUCGAUUACGAGCGGGAGUUGCCGCAACUUUAGCAACGAUCCCACGACGCACCCCCCCGGGGUCAAGCCCCGUUUUAAAAGCUUAUCCAGAUUGGUCGUUUCACUCCGCAGGAAAUGAUAAUAAUAAUUGUUCGGGGUUAAUCUCGGUUUAUAGGAUACGAAGGGAUUCUUGCAAUCGACUUUGGGUGUUAGAUUCGGGGAUUAUGACUUCGAUCGAUGAUUUCACGCGAGUUUGUACCCCUAAGUUAUUAAUUUUUAAUUUACGAACGGACGUCGUUGAGCGUCAAGUUAUUUUUCCUCGGGAAGUUAUUAGACCAUCGUCUCUUUUUACUAAUUUAAUAAUCGAUGAAAGUGUUCAAGGAAGUUGCGAUAACGCCGUUGUUUAUAUCAGCGAUACAGCGGCCCCGGGGAUCAUCGUUUACGAUUCGUUGAAAGACCAAGCUUGGAGAUUUAUCCAUCCCACUAUGUUCCCCGAUCCCGAUCAUUCCGACAUCGAGAUUGAUAGCGAACGAUUUUCUUUGAUGGAUGGGAUCGUUGGAUUGGCGCAUUCCCCGAAUUUGAGGCUUAUGUAUUAUCAACCUUUGGCGACCGAUCGGGUUUUUACUAUUUCGACGGAUGUUUUGAGGAAGGGCCCUUUGGCUGAGGGGGAAGAGUUGCCCGUUCGAUUGGCUGGGAGGAAAUCGUCUCAAGGGUUAGGAUUAACGGUUGAUCCUAGGGAUGAUAGUUUAUUUUUUAGUCCUUUGACUGAAACUUCGGUUACUUCAUGGAAUCCGAUAACAAAUCAACAAAGAUUAUUGGCUUUCGAUCGAAAACGAUUACAAUUUCCCGCUGAAUUGAGAUGGAUGAAUCACGACCCGGAUAGCGUUUGGGCUUUAACCACGCGGUUUCAAAGAUUUUUCAAAAGAACUGUAAAAAACAACGAAGUUAAUUUGAGGAUCGUUCGAUUUCCGUUGAAUUCUGUGCCUACUUUCCCAGUAAGCAACAGCGUAUUCUUCAAAUAAUUUUAUGCCAUUUAAUUCACAAAGUUAAAAUCAAAAAUAAGAAUAUAUUUAUUUCAAUACAAAUUAAAUUUGAGCCAAGACUGGUCGCUAUUUAAACAUAAAACGCUGACAUAGUCUGAAAUGAUUUAUUAUUUUUUUAUUUUGUAAUCAGUACUAAUAAUUUACCGUCACGACAUUUAAGAAUUUGUUAUAUGUAGAUAAGUGGGUUACUUUGUAAAUUAAAUAAAAAAGCGGUUUCCUUCAAAAGGAAAAAUCGUUUGCGCACUAAGAACAUUACAUAACAUACUGUACAUACGAAAUACAAAUAAAAUUUCUUUGAAGGAA